AUGGCAGAUAUUAUAAUAAACUCCACACAAAGUGUGUUGAAGGAAACGUAUGACUACUAUCUAUGGACGUUAUCGUUGUCAGAUAAUCGAACAAAGGGAUGGCCUUUAGUGGACUCUCCAGCACCAACGGUCUUCUAUACUUUAAUGUACCUGUUCAUCGUGUGGAUAGGUCCCAAGAUCAUGAAGAAUAGGAGACCGUUCCAACUUACGUGGCUCCUAGUACCUUAUAACCUGGCUAUGGCAGCAUUAAAUGCUUAUAUAGCAUUAAGGCUACUGACCGCCUCAUUUAGGUUACGGUACAGCUAUAUUUGUGAGCCGUGUCGGCAGAAAUACGAUCCUGAUGAAUUGCAAAUAGCAGACGCCGUCUGGUGGUAUUACUUCUCGAAGCUUCUAGAAUUCUGCGACACUUUCUUCUUCAUAUUAAGAAAGAAGGACGAACAGCUGACCUUCCUUCACGUAUACCAUCACUCCACUAUGUUCAGCUUCUGGUGGAUUGGAAUCAAAUGGGUUCCUAGUGGAUCUACUUUCCUGCCCGCUAUGGUGAACAGUGGUAUCCACGUGCUCAUGUACACGUAUUACGGACUCUCCGUGUUCGGCCCAGCUGUCAGCAAAUACCUCUGGUGGAAGAAAUACCUGACUGUAUUGCAGCUGAUCCAGUUUACCUGCGCCCUGAUUCUUGGUAUCAACGGCAUCAGGACCGGCUGUGAGUUCCCUCUGUGGAUGCACUACGUGCUCAUCAUAUACAUGAUUUCCUUUAUCAUCCUCUUCGGAAACUUCUACAUGAAGGCGUACAUUGCUAAGGGAAGCAAAUGCAUGGAAGUAAGGUACGGCCAGUGCCUCGACGAUGAAGAAACUAUAGCUAAGAGAAAACUGAAAUCAAAUUAA